AGCUGUAUCCUUACCUUCAAAGUUAUUCCGCAGACGCUGGCAGUGUCGACAGUGCUCUUUUUCAUUUCUAGACCUAGGGCAAUACGGCCAGCUACUUGAACAUAUCCCCCAUGCUCGACCACCUACCUUCAAAACUAGCCUACAAUAACUACUCACCAGCUAAUGCCUUCGAUAAUCAGUACACCAACUCUGGCGAAGGCUGGCAGGCCACCUUCCCAGGUGAAAAACCUGUCUUGAAUGGAGGUCUUCCUUAUGCAAGACAUUCAUCCUCGCGCCUGGCACCAGGUGCAAUCCUGGCGAGAUUUCGAAAGCGCUUUUAUUCCAUUUUUCCCAACUCAGCAUCUACAUUAUCUUCACGGCGAUCUCUUGGUCCUCUUACAACACCUUCUCCAUCUUCAGCCGCAUCAACAACUCGAUUUAUUCUUCUGUGCAGUUUCUGGUACACCACCUCUGCACUUUCAUCAAAUACCGGCAAGACUAUCCUCAUGCAAUUCAAAUACCCUGUCACACUCACCAUCAUACAAUUCGCAUUCGUCGCCGGUUACUGUCUACUAUUCAUGUCUCCAGUAAUUCGAUUUACAAAAUUGCGUCCACCAACUGGUGCAAUUUUACGAAGCACCCUGCCCAUGGGCAUGUUCCAAGUUGGCGGUCACAUGUUUUCUAGCAUGGCAAUCUCCAAGAUACCUGUCAGCACCGUACAUACCAUCAAGGCUCUAUCUCCGCUGUUCACCGUUGCUGCUUACGCCAUACUUUUCCGCGUCAAGUAUACCCCGAAGACAUACUUCUCUCUUCUCCCAUUGACCAUUGGUGUCAUGCUAGCAUGUACGUUUGAGGCCGCAUCGAGUCCGACUGGUCUGCUGUGCGCAUUUGGUUCCGCCCUUGUAUUCGUCAGUUCGAACAUCUUCUUUAAGAAGAUUAUGCCCUCAGGGUCGCAAACAUCAUCCCACAAGUUGGAUAAACUCAACUUGCUGCUUUAUUCUUCAGGCAUGGCAUUCAUAUUGAUGAUCCCAAUUUGGAGCUUCACCGAUCUUCCUCGCCUCCUUGCCGCCGACUCCACUCAUGUUACGAACCCGAGUCAUGGACACGAGGCUCCUUCGAUCCCGUAUUAUUUGUUUAUGAACGUCACCGUCCACUUUGCGCAGAACAUCAUCGCAUUCGUGAUUCUUUCAACCACAUCCCCUGUGACGUACUCUAUCGCCUCUCUCAUCAAGCGCGUCGCAGUCAUCUGCAUCGCUAUUGUAUGGUUCAACCAGAGCGUGCACCCCAUGCAAGGCUUCGGUAUUGGGUUGACCUUUGUUGGUUUAUACAUGUACAACACCGCGAAUAGUGACGUUGAACGAGGGGAAAACAGAAUGCGCAGGGUAGAGGCGACGCGGGACAUGAUGCUCCCAAUCAAUCGGACGGACGAGAAGAUAUUGAAUGGGAGCUCACCACCAUCCCCCGUUCCUGGUGCACCGGAGCUUCCGACGGCUGCAGCCACAGGAAUGGGACCCCACUCUGCUGCUGGCCGACCGCGGCUGCAGAUUCCAACAAACGGGCAUUUACACCCAGAUUCGCGUGGGAAUGGGAAUGGGCAUCCUAAUCUACAUAUCCAGAUUUCUCCCAAGGACCCUUCGUCCAUCUUUUCGAAGCGCAAUACCAUUUCGCCUACAGAGCCAUACCCCUCGCCGCCUGCCUCGAUCGACUCGCCACCUUCCAAUACGGUUCCUAUUGGAUAUCAGCCCCCGCGUAUACAGCGGCAUUUUGGCAUGGAGUCGUUGACUGUCGGACACGUUACUGCUUAGCAGACCCAGUAUCUCUAUCCAUAUUUAUUCUCAAGGGAGUUGCCUUUGAUUAUUGUAAAUAGUGUUGCGACCAACGAUCUCUACAUGAUAUUAGACAACAAAGUAAGUACAUAGUGCUUAUUC